ACCAUCGUCGAUAAGUUGGUGUGGCACAGCUUCGGGCCGAGCUAUGUAGAAAACAUCCGGUCAGCCGGUAUCACUUACUGGCUGAUAGCGGCUCUGGACCCUGAGACUUCCACUGCGAUGGGCGCCCAGGGUAUCACGGACCACUGCUUCAAUGCGCCCCAGGAUCGCAUCAAUUAUAAGGGCUCUGAUACUGCAUACCACUGGGGCAGCCACCACUGGAAGCUCACGACAUGGAAUAAGGUGCACAUCAUCAAGGCGGUGUACGAGUUCGGCGUGAACGUGAUCCACUCUGACACGGACGUGGUCUGGUUCGGCGACCCGCUGCCAUUCUUCCAACAGCAACUGCAGGAGAGACACGGAGGCGACGGCGGCGAUGACGGCAUCGGCCACAAAGUUCGGGCGAAGUGGGACGCAGCAGCGUCAGAGGUUGGGGCUGCUGGGGCCACCCCCGCGGCUGCGGACGCGGCUGCGGCAGGGUCGUCGGGCUGGUGGGCGCCGCCGCAUGUGGCGGUGGCCACCGACUCGGUGUCCACUAUGAACCGCCGCGGCGACCGCGGCCUGGAGGACAGCCCGCAGCCGUACGCGCCCAUCAACACAGGCAUCUAUUUCCUGCGGCAGUGGUCGGGCGGGGCGGCAUUCCUGGAUGAGUGGCUGUCGUGGCAGGAGCGGGACGUGGGUCACGACCAGGACGGUUUCAACACACUGGCCCGGGGCUUCUUCUUCCACCGCGACCCCGACCUGCGCCUGCCGGUGUUCCCGGAUGCACACACUCGCAUAACACUGCCCCGGGGCAGUACCAGCGGCAGCGGCACUAAUGAUGGCAGUGAACGGGACGUGGGCGGCGUUGGUGACGGCAACACGACGGGCGAGUGGGCGGCACCGCGCACCUUCCGUGCCGCCUACAGCAACACCACGGGCGUGUCCUUCCUGCCCGCAUCCAUGUUCGGCAACACCUACACCUACGUCAAUGCGCGGCUGUGGGAGAAGCUAAAACACCCGCUGUAUGCCAUCCACUGGGUGUGGGGUGGGAGCACACUUGAGAGCAAGCGCCAAAAUAUGCGCGAUGCCAUGAAGUUCCACGAUGAGCCCGACUACUACACCUCGCCAAACCUGGUCACCUUUGACCUGGACCUGCUGCCGGUGCCGCCCACCUUCAACUCCUGGUUCAGUACCGAGCACAUGAUCCGCUUCCACGUCCAAGCCGCCAAUUAUCAGCUGCAGCAGGCUUACUACGCCUUUGCCAUCGCGCUCAUUGCCAACCGCACGCUGGUCAUGCCGCGGUUCCAGUGCUACUGCUCUAAGAACUGGUACCAGACGCAGCAGUGCCGCAUCAACUUUGAGAAGGCCACCACCUUCCCCUUCACCUGCGCGCUGAGCCACGUGCUGCGUGUGAAGAAGCUGGAGGCCGGGUUCCGGCUGCCCGACAACACCGAGUACAGCGGCCACCGCGUGUUCAUCCGCGAGUACUCAUUCCUGGACAACCCCAAGGUGCCGGACAGCCUCAAGAAGUCAUUUGUGGAGAUCGUGCCAUCCCAGAUGCCGCGCGCCGCCAACCUGGGCGCGGACGAGCUGGUGGUGUCGGUGGAGCCGGCGCCGCGCGGCUACGGCCAGCGGGUGACUGUGGCGGCGCCGCUGGUGGACCGCGAGCUGCGGCAGGUGCUGGGGCGGUUCAAGGGCGUGCGCGUGCUGCACUUCCCACAGCCCGCCCGCACGCUGAGCGGCUUCAGCACCUACGCCACCUGGGAGCAGUACGACGCGGAGAUUCAGAAGCACGUGGCCUACUGGUGCUGCCGGGCACCAGGCGACAUGAGGGCCUACAAUCUGACGGAGCGGCUGCAGCUGGUGGCGCUGCCGCCCGAGCGCUACAAGAGCCUGCCGGCGCUGACAGCAGCCGGCGAUCCCACAGGGGCUCCGGCGCCCGGCAGCAGCAGCUACCUGCAUGAGGCACCGCCGCUGCCGCCCCGGGCCGCGGGCGGUCGGCCCUGGUGCGACGGCGUGGUGGCCAGGCAUGUGGCGAGGCAUGGGCGGGCGGAGGGGCGGCUGGGCGAGCUGCUGCAGUGCAUUGGGGACGAUGCGGGCGGCUGAGGCUGCAGCGCACCACAGGGGGGGGGCCUGAGGUGCGCAGCGCACGUCGCCCGUGUGCUGGAUUGGCGAGUAUCGAGCGAGUGGUAGAGAAGUGGGGGACGAGGCACGUAUCCAUUUGCAUGACCGGCAGAGUCGUCGAUCUAUCCAUUCAAACUUCACAUUUGAGCUAGCGUGGUAGUUGCCGUGUGCCGGCGCAAGACCCGCCGCAGUGGUGAAUGUGUGCAUGACCGCACUAAUUCACCAACCCUACCGCGGCCUAGUGCGUGCAUGUGCGACGCCGCCUGCUGCAUUUGACAUGCGCACUGCCUCUUGUGUGACAGCUUAAUGCACAUUUCCACAAUGAUUUGCUUGCAUGGUUACUUGGUUUACGUACGCGUACAUGCAUACCUACUCAUGUGUACAGACAGCAUUGCAGCAAACAGAGAGCAUGCGGGGCGGACGUGACGCUCACGCAGAUACACUGGACAGCCAACUACUUAUGACGCGCACGAGCGAGGGCGUGUAUGGGUUCAAUCCGUUCAUGCCUAUAUUCAUGUUCAAGGUGGAGAGAUGCCAAAUAAUUCGGCGAUACGGUAUCGAGGCUGCUGCGGAAAUCUGACGUGCUUUAUGGCGGUGGUAGACGACGUGGCAGGGAAAGCCAGGGAAAGUACGAGGCCGUUGCGGUGGUUGGCGUGCGGCGUGUGUUGGCAUACGGUCCGGCUAGGCACAUGCAGUCAGGCGGUGAUGAGGAAACGCGCACAACCUCUCUGGCGCGGCACCGCGUAGUGGCGCGUGCCCCUUAUACACCUUUAUUUCUUCUGCGGCCUGCCUGAUGCGGAUUUGAAGUGGAUCCGGUGCACUUGCGGCCUGUGCGUGCGUGCAUCCAUCGGCGUCCCAUACCGUGAUACAUUUUGAGGCGGGUUCGUUCGGGCUCAAUGUGCGCUGCUGGCCAACUCAAUCGGACGCGUCACGCGUGGCGACGUGCACGGCGUGCGUGUGUUCAUCCAUACUCACGCGGGUACCACUCUGGUCAUUUGCUGUGUCCAAACUUUGACAGCCUGGUAGACCCCACAGGAAUCAUCUGACAAGGCCGCCAGCAUACCUAUGGUGCGGAGCUAGACAGAUGAUUCCUGAAAGGCCGUACGGCUGCAGCCGUGCAUGGGGUGUGCAGUGGGACACGCAAAUAGUUUCGUCGUGAAAACUAAAAGCGUGAUAGCGUGAUGGAUAGUGUACGCACAGUGUAUGCAGGAUACGCAAUCGCCACUGUAAAAAGAAUAGGCA